UUUUCGGUCGGGAUGCACGCUCGGUAGACUACAUCUCUAAUCACUGUUGGAUCAGAUAUCCUGUAGGACUUCUCCCUGGCUCUGGCUCAGGAAGGAGAAGGAAGAUGAUGCUGUCCAAAGUCAUACUCCUGUGCUUCCUGUAUGGAGCAGCAGUGUAUGGCCAGAAGUGCAACCAAAAAAAGGAUUGUCCCAUAGACCUGUACUUCCUUAUUGAUACAUCAGAGACCAUCGCGCUGCAGUUAGACCAAGAAGGUAGACUGGUGGAGCACAUCAAAGUUUUCGUUGAAGACUUUGUUAAAAGACUGGAGAAUAUGGUCUACAAAUCUGUGGUGCAUAUCAGUUGGUCCGUAGGCGGACUCCACUUUUCCAUGAGGCAGGAGAGAAUUAGCCAACUCACUGACAAAAACGACUUCAUAAGCAGAUUGCAACAGAUCAGCUACCUGGGCAAGGGUACCUUCAUCGACUGUGCCAUCAAAAACAUGACGAAAGAUAUGCUCAACGCACCUUCUAAACCAAAUGCCACGCGCUUUGCUGUGGUCAUCACAGACGGUUAUGUUACUGGAACCCCAUGUGGAGGCAUUAAGGUGGCAGCCGAGCAGGCUCGGGAUGAGUCCAUUAAGCUGUUUGCGGUGGCAGCAACCAAGACUGUGUAUGAAACAGGGCUCAGAGAGAUUGCCAAUUCACCCGCUGGGCUUUACCGUGACAACUACCUGGCUGUGAAUUUAUCUAGUCCAUCAUUUUCUGAUCAAAGAACUAUUGAUCAGAUUUACAAUGCCAUGCUACAUUUGGCGUAUCAAGAGUGCUACCAAGUGAAUUGCUUGGAAACACCUGGACCACCAGGUGUACUGGGACCCAGGGGACAGAAAGGCGCCAAAGGGGACAAUGGUGAACCUGGUCUUAAAGGUGAUGGGGGUCCUCCUGGUGAUCCUGGUAUUGAGGGUCCUAUUGGUUAUCCGGGGCCGAAGGGACACCGUGGUCAUAAAGGUGAAAAGGGAGAAUAUGGCACACAAGGAAGAAAGGGAGUUGGGGGGGUAGCUGGGCGAAACGGCACAGAUGGUCAAAAGGGCAAAAUUGGCCGCAUCGGGGUUCCUGGCUGCAAAGGUGACCCAGGUGACAAGGGUCCUAACGGUUAUCCAGGAGAUGUAGGAGACAGUGGCCCUCCAGGAGCUGCUGGAGAGAAGGGAGAUCCAGGUCGACCCGGAAGAGCAGGACCAGCUGGGCCAUCAGGAGAUCCUGGUCCCAAGGGUGAAAGAGGAAGUCCAGGAACACCUGGUGAACCAGGGCAAAAAAGCACAGCAGGGACACCCGGGGGUCCUGGUCCUAAAGGCGACCCUGGAAGAAGAGGAGACGCUGGACCAAAGGGAAGUCAGGGACCAAACGGACCAAAAGGAGAUAAGGGUGAGCCAGGACCAGAAGGUCAGAGGGGGCUUUCAGGUGAAAUUGGUAAUAAAGGAACAAAGGGAGACCCAGGACUUCCUGGACCAAGAGGACCAGCAGGGUCUCCAGGAGAACCUGGAAGAAAUGGAACACGUGGUGACCCUGGUGAUGCUGGACCCAGAGGAGAUCCAGGACCCAGAGGACCAAAUGGCGACACUGGCAGACCAGGAUUCAGCUACCCUGGACCAAGAGGACCUACGGGUGACAAGGGAGAAAAAGGCAGACAUGGAGCCAGGGGAGGCAGAGGAGACUGCGGACAGAAGGGAGAAUCAGGCAAAAAAGGAACUCCAGGAGAGCCUGGAGAGUCCGGACCCCCCGGUGAGCCUGGACCAAGAGGGACAAUAGGUGACCAAGGAAGAAAUGGUGAUCCUGGUCCAGAAGGAGAUCCAGGCCUUACAGAAUGUGAUGUCAUGAACUACAUCCGGGAGACCUGUGGGUGUUGUGAUUGUGAAAAGAAGUGUGGAGCUGUGGACAUUGUAUUUGUGAUUGACAGCUCAGAAAGUGUGGGGCUGACCAACUUCACCCUGGAGAAAAACUUUGUUAUCAACACAGUCAACAGAUUGGGCUCAAUAGCUAAAGAUCCACUUUCAGAGACAGGGACACGUGUCGGGGUGGUCCAGUACAGCCACGACGGAACCUUUCAGGCCAUCCAUCUCAAUGACUCCAAGAUUGACUCGCUGCCAGCCUUUAAAGAGGCAGUAAAGAACCUGGAGUGGAUUGCAGGUGGCACAUGGACUCCGUCCGCCCUGAAAUUUGCCUAUGACAACCUAAUCCGUGAAAGUCGCCGUACCAAGGCUAGAGUAACUGUGGUGGUGAUCACAGAUGGUCGCUUUGAUCCCCGGGAUAAAGACACUGGGCUUACCUACCUCUGCAGCGAUGACAGGGUUGAUGUGAAUGCCAUUGGUGUUGGAGACAUGUUUGAAGUAAAAGAGCAACAAGAGAAUUUGGUGUCCAUUGCAUGUAACAAACCCGAUAAGGUGACUGGCAUGAGACGCUUUGCUGACCUGGUGGCAGAAGAAUUCAUCGAAAACUUUGAAACAGUUCUCUGCCCAAACCCGGAGAUUGUCUGUCCUGAGCUUCCGUGCAAAUCAGAGCCUGCGGUAGCCAGCUGCGUUCAGCGCCCUGUCGAUAUUGUGUUCUUAGUGGAUGGCUCAGAGCGCAUGGGGCCAGAGAACUUCCGCAGCACUCUUGAAUUUGUGGAGAAAACGGUUGACAUGCUGACCUUGGCUCGGCGUGACCGAGAUGAAAAAAAUGCCCGUGUGGCACUUCUUCAGUAUGGCAGUGGAAACCAAAAUGUUGCCAUCAAACUCACAUACAAUUUCACUGUCCUCUCUGAUGGCCUAGCAAACAUGAAGUACCUGGAUACAGCAUCCAGUGUGGUUAAUGCCAUUAACUAUGCCAUUAACAACAUAUUGGAGAGCGGAAACAACCGGUUGGCUCGCCGCAACGCUGAAAUCUCAUUUGUGUUCAUCACUGAUGGAGUAACUGGCAGCAAGAAUCUAGAGGAGGCCGUCCAAGCUAUGCGCAAGGAACAAGUUGUGCCAACUGUGAUCGCCAUGGGAAGCGAUGUUGAGCAGGAAGUGUUGACAAAGCUUGCUAUGGGAGACCAAACGGCUAUUUUCAGAGGACAGGAUUACACCCAACUGUCCAAUGCCCACUUCACUGAGCGUUUUCUUAGGUGGAUCUGCUGAGGGAAUUUUAAGUUUCAGCUAACACAAGGAAUAAAUUAAUAGUGGUUAAAGUUGGCUUGGUCAUUAGAGCUAUAUUAGCAGAGAUGUUUUUAUUCGUCUGACGAAAUACCUGUUUACACUCUUUUCACCAAGCUCACUUUAUGGAUUCGGGAGAAGGGAGCAGGAAGACACUGCAGUAAACACUCCAAAAUGUACUGACUGAUUAUUCAUUUUUAUAAAGUUGCCAUUGUAGUUUUUUACUGUUUGUCUUUUUUUGGUAAAAAAAAGGGGGGGGCUUUACCUGAAUGGUUUUGUAUUCACACCAAGGUGCUAGAUCGAUACUGGAGUUUUUUUUCGAGACAUUGUUACAUAUCAUGGUUACAUUCAGGGUCAGAUAAAGCAAUUUUGAUAUCAUUAUGUAUCAUUAUGUGUCAGUCAUAAUCACCUAAGUAUCAUGCACCUAGACAAAGGUUCUUUUCUAGCAAAACAAUAUAAUGUCAAUACCUGUAAGUCCACUCCUGCUCUAAUAGUGUUUAUGAAACUAUGUUUAAAGUGAAGCUUUUAUCUUAAAUGUAAGAAGUAUAAGGUAUGUUCACAUGCUAAGCAUAAUACCAGAAUGGCCACAUUUUUUUUCGUCUUUACAAGCACUGUAUUCAGAUGUAGUCAGUACAUUUUAUGAUGCCAAAAUGAUUGUUUUUUUAAAUGCUAUAGGACACCUGAAGGGUGCACCUUAUAAGGUUUGCAGACUUUAAUGGAAGUUCAAUAAAACAGGCUGUGGUAAUCUAAA